GCAGUGAUGGCAAUUUAAUAAGCCAAAAAAAAAAUUUAAUUGGCCAUCGGCCAAUGCUUAAUAAUUUGGCUAAAAACAGUCAAAAUUUAUGGCCAAAGUUUAAUGUCAAUUGGCCAGGCCAAUUAAAAUUUUUUGGUCUAUAUGACCGAUGGCCAAAAGGCCAAAUUUAUGUAUUACAUUAA